CGUCAGACGCAGAGAUCGCAGCAGAGGCAGCCUUCUCACUGGCUCCCUUCAUUCUCAGGCCGGGUAAUAUCCCAGCAACAGCUCUCUGAUCGGUCGAACCGAUGAAGAUUGGGCUUCACAAUCCCCAUCCAUCCUUCCAGUCGACGACAUUUCACGGACAUUAACCCUUGCCGUUGAUCAGAAGGCACACGCACACAUUGAAACGAACAAGAAAAGCACUGGGAAGAGGCGCAAAGAAAAAUUUCCAUACUCGAUGACAUUACAUCGCAAUGUCCGAUCGUUUGGGGCAAAUAACCAAGUCCAAGGAUGGGAAAAGCAAGUACUCCUCACUCAGCCUGUUUGACAAGUACAAGGGAAAAUCAAUAGAAACUCAGAAAAACUCAGUUCCACGACAUGGCUUGCAGAGUCUUGGCAAAGUGGCCGCAGCCCGGCGUAUGCCCCCACCCGCUCACUUACCGAGCUUGAAAUCUGAAAACAAAGGAAACGAUCCCAACGUGAUUAUUGUCCCAAAAGACGGUUCAGGAUGGGCAAACAAGCCGGAACAACCCGAUCAAAAGAGUUCUGUUGCAUCGAUACCACAGCUGCCGGAGUCGCAGCUGCAGCUGGCUUCACAGAAGUCUGUCUCCAAUCUUCAGAAGCCUCCACCAGUAGCCAACCAGGAGAACACAAACACAGGUGGACCAAAGCAAUGGGCCCAGCUAAAUGGAAAGGCAGUAGAGCCAGAUGGUUUAAGGGUCUUAAACCGACUUCAGCCCUUCUCUCACGAGGAAUUUCCCACGCUGAAAGCCGCUGGAGAACAGGACAGGGUUGGCAAGGAAAGAAGCGGCUACGAUCCGUCGUAUGGGCCCGGACCAAGCCUCCGCCCUCAAAAUGUGACGAGCUGGAGGGAGGGUGGCGGCAGGAAUCUCCAGCCCUCAUCCCUGACCCUCGGCCCACCAGCGGACCCCGAGGGCAAACUCACUGCCUUGGGGGAAACUGGCACCUCUCCGGCCGCAUCUCACCCAAACACUGCCACCAGCGUCACCUCAUCUAGUGUCGUGGCCACUCAGUCGCCAGGCCUCGACUCCAAGGAGCCCUCCCUGCGUCCUGCCCAGCCUGUCCGCAAAGCAGCCGUCCCCUCAGCCCUGCAGCACCAGCUCCACCACACCUCCAAUGCUGUCUACCAUGACAUGUUGCCAGCGUUUAUGUGCUCCAAAGAUACGCGUGAGACCCCAGUUACAGACCACGUCCCAACUACUGUAGCAGCACCAGCCAGAUUUGACAGCAAACCAACUUUUAGACAGAGUUAUGCUAAACCUGAACUUGUCAAUGGAGAUGUGAGAAGGGAGAACCGCUUUGUUCGCGCUCCGCCCCGACUGUCUUCCCAGCCCAUUCGUCGGCCCAGUGACCGACCACAGCGACCCGCUAUCAUUAACCCCGAGGACUUGAAAGAUCUGGAUGACCUCGACAAUGAUUGUGAGGAUGGAUGGGCUGGACUUCAUGAAGAAGUUGACUAUAGCGAGAAGCUCAAGUUUAGCGAUGAUGAGGAAGAGCACUCAGUCAAUGACAAAAGCAAGAUGUGGACGGAGUGGGACAGGGAGAAUCGUCGGGACUGCCAGUCAUCCCUCAGUUUGGGUGAGGUAUCUUACACCCACGAUAGCCCGGAAGAGAGCUAUUCUUACCACCACCAGGAGGCUCCUAGGAAGACCAACAGCAGAUAUCUUUCUGCAGACACUCAGCAGAAAAGCCACAGUGAGCUGCCGGCUGACCAGGAGGAUCACCAGCGCCACUCUCAGCCUCCGGCGAGGGCAAAGUACGCGUCGCCUGAGUUGUCUGAGGCCGUCGAGAGGGCCCGCAGGCGUCGCGAGGAGGAAGAGCGGCGCGCCCGCGAAGAAAGGCUUGCAGCCUGUGCAGAGAAACUGAAAAAGCUGGACGAGAAAUUUGGGAAGUCCGAAAGGCAGAUCUCACGGACCGAGGAGGGCUUCAAAGAUACAGAAGGCAAAGAAGCACCCUUGUCCCCUAAUAGGGAACAUGUUAAAGUACACAACAACUGCCAGUAUAGUGCAAAAGAUGUGCAUGAGUGCUCCUCGGACAACUCCCCCAGUCCUAGUUACCGUGAGGAGCCAAGCUUCCCUGCCUAUCGCAGCAGUGAGGAUGACGGCCAGGAAACCCCCUCUCCAUCUGGAGAUUACGGCGGACGUCCAUUAAAACCCGUGCCACCCCGCUUUCAGAAACAACCACAGCACCAGCAACAGGACCAGGUCUACAAACUGCAGCAGCACUGGCAGCAGUCAGCCCACCCAGCACCCUCUGGCUCAAGCCACACACAGCGAGGCUAUUAUCCACCGCACGUACUUGGGUUUGACCCCCGCUGGAUGAUGAUGCCACCUUUCAUGGACCCCCGUGUGAGCCAAGGAAGAUCUCCCGUCGACUACUAUCCCAAUUCUGUCCCCUCUUCAGGAAUGAUGAAACACACUAUGCACCAAGACCACCUGAACAGUCCUGGUUCUGAUGAGGGCCAUCCCAAUCUACAUCAGGAGAGAAGAACCCCUUCCACUGAGCCAUAUCCUGUCUGGAGCCAAGAUGGUUAUCCCAUGCGCAGCUUCACUCCACCUUACCAGAGGCAGCAUGAAAACCAGGACCGUCAGCUUGACGACAGAAGCGAUAUGGCUUCCUUGCAACAGGACUCCUAUGAAGAGAAGGCUAGUGAGGGAGCGUCUCACCUUCAAGAUGAUCUCCACCACCAACAUGCCUUCCAGAGUCGAUCCUCAGACAGAGAACACCCUGACCCGGGGCUGCUUAGUGCUCAGAGCCGCACUCAGCAUCAUGCAGAUAGCGAAUACCCAAAACAAGAAUCAAGAGAACGACAUCUGAAAGAUAGUCCUGAUGAGAACUCUGAUGGCUCUAAGGACAACUGGAAAAGAGAGGGAAGUAUCAGUGCUCAAAGCCAGUGGUCUGAGUCUAGUUCCUGUACUAGCGCUGGAGUCAUCCAACCAUCAGAGACCACCGGGCGCACUUUGACACGCAGAACAGGACCAAUUAAGAAACCGGUUCUCAAGGCUCUCAAAGUGGAAGACAAGGAGAAUGAAAAACCAAAACCUGAGCCUGAAGAGAAGCCUGUCCCCUACCGUCUGGAGAAGGAGGUUCUUACCAACGUGUAUGAUUUAAAAAAAGAUAACCAACCUGUAAGCAACAGGCGUGCCGCCUCACCUGUUGUGGAGAAACAGUCUGAAGAGAGGCAGCAUCACUCUCCAGCUCCCACUAAAGUGGACCGGCCUCUUAGCACCCAGCAGAGUGAGGAUUGCCCCAAGGAGAGCGUCUGGGAUACUGAAAAAAUCCAGCCACCUAGAGAUGUUCAGGAAAACCCAGAGCCACAGGCGCCACGGCGCAACAACUGGAUCUUCAUAGAUGAAGAGCAGGCCUUCAGUGCUGUCAGGGGAUCAGGAAGAGGCCGAGGUCGUGGUUUUAGGGAGUUUAAUUCUCGAGGAGGAGGCCGCGGUGUCCGAGUCUGUGAUAAUGUCAGAGGAGCUUAUAACAACGGAGCUGUUGCUCAGCGGGCAGGCAGAGGCAGAGCUCAGCCGAGGGAGCUGAAGGUGGAGGAGUUUCAGAGAGGCAAGCCUCGAAGGCGCAACGUUAGCGAAACCUUAAGCGAAGCCUCUGAGUACGAGGAGCUGCCCAAGAGACGACGACAGAAGGGCUCUGAAAACGGAGAUGGUUACCCUGAGUCUGGAGAAGCUCGCAAAGCUGAUCGGGACUCUUGGAGAUCCAACAAGGUGUACACAGACGACCAGGCCGCUGCUGAUUCCAGAGAAAAGGCCAAGACGAGCAGGAGCUUCGGAGGUCGCAUGCUGCCUCCCAGACUGAAUGCUGGGAAUUACAGCAGAGGCUACGGAGGCUCCAGAGAGAUUUCCACAUGGAGGGGUCGUGGUCCUCAGUUUGGAGGCAGCAGUGGCUCUAUGCAAGAAAAUGGUUAUGGUCCUGGAGCUGAGAGUGCUUAUUCCCGUAAACCCCCCAUUGAGCGCGACUCACUCAAGUACACCCCCAAAUUUGCUGGCUCCUUCAUGGAAAACGGCUCAGAGGAACGUGAAGGCGAAUACUACUUUGACAGCGACAACCCCGACAGGCAGGUGUUGAGGCGGCGACGUCCACCGCGGCAAGACAAGCCCCCUCGCUUUCGUCGUCUGCAACAAGAACGCGAACCCGGGUCAAAUCAGUGGACAAGCGACGAGUACAUAAAUGGAGACUUUGCUAACCCCUGGCCUGCCCGUCCAAAAGGCAGCGCAGAAGACAACUGGCCCACCGGCCCCUACUCUGGAGGACGCACCGGCCAACAUGGGCAGACGGAGGAAUGGGAGACAGGAUCAGACAACAGCGAUUUUGGUGACUGGAGGGAGAAGCAGGGUGGACGCGGAGGCACACCCACGCAGGGACACGGCGACAUUCCCUCGGACUCGUGCCACAGCGAAGCGGGCUCUGUCGAGAAAAGGGAGCUUUCCAAGCGAAGCUUCUCCAGCCAGCGACCGCUGAUAGAACGGCAGAACAGGAAAGGAGAGCCUUCACUGCUGGAGACGAGUAAGAUGAUACGUGCAACUGAUAAUCCCCCAUCUGCUCCUUCAAACAGGAGUGACACCUGGCAGAAUGGAGGGUUGUCUUGUAAGAGCAGGAGCCCAGAUGAGUCAGGCCCCGUCUACAGUAUUGAGCAGUUGGAGGAGAGGGAGCUGAGUGAGUCCUCAGGAAAGAAAUUUGACAAAGAGCUAAAGCCGCAACCCAUCAAACCAGACAUUGUGGAGCCUCUGUCCCAAUUUGAGCUCAGCGCCUACCCAAUUGAGGAGGAGACCGGAGGACCCGUUUCUAAUCCGGACAGUUAUCAGGAUGCGUUGUCCAAAAAGCAAAGACGUCCACAGGAAGAUGACAGGAGGAGGAAGGAUCAAGGAGUUGCUGUGCCUGUGAAGAACAGGCCAGUUGCAUCCAAGAUACCGCCACGUUUUGCCAAGAAGCAGGGAGGCAUUGGCAUCGAUCAACCAGAGGAAACUCUAUCGUCGAAUUUGGGAACAGAAAUCUGGGAGACUAACAGCUCAGCUCUUUCAGUGCAGUCCUCAGGGGGAGACUCGUGGACUAAACAGGUGUCUUAUACUGGCAGCGAACCCAACUCUGAGGACUCUGAUGCUGGCCCUGAACAGAGUAAAGAGCAGCACAAACCAGGGCCCAUCGGAAACGAGCGCUCCCUGAAGCACCGCAAGGGCUCCGAGGUCGUUGAUCGCAUGGAAAGUGGCCCCAUCACCCCUGUGAAUGGCGUGGACCUCCACGUGGACACGGUGCUCCCUGUGCCACCAAUAGAGUUUGGCGUCAGCGCCAAAGACUCCGAUUUUAGUCUACCACCAGGUUCCACCCCAGUGCCUGUGUCCAAUCCUGUUAACAAGCUGCAAGAUCCCCUCACCACCAAUACUAUCCCCAUGCUCCGGUCCAAUCAUCUGCAGCCUGGCAUCAACCUCAACCCCAUCUCCUUUCCAAGCGCUGACCUCACUCUUAAGAUGGAAUCGGCACGUAAGGCGUGGGAGAACUCCCAGUCCCUUCCCGAGCAGGGCUCUCCAGGUGCAGGUGCCUCAGGAGCUCCACCUCCAUGCAGCGUUGGCUCAUCCAGCGGUGUCAGCUACAGUUCUUUUGGAGGGGUUUCCAUGCCUCCUAUGCCUGUGGCGUCCGUAGCACCUUCUAUGUCCAUGCAAGGAAGUCAUAUCCCCCCACUGUAUCUGGACGGUCAUGUCUUUCCCAGCCAGCCACGCCUAGUUCCACCCACUAUGACUCAACAGCAGACCUACCAGCAAGCGGCAGCAGCCCAGCAGAUUCCCAUCUCCUUACACACAUCUCUUCAGGCUCAGGCUCAGUUGGGUCUCAGAGGAGGUCUACCUGUGUCUCAGUCCCAAGAGAUGUUCAACUCUAUCCCCCCGUUCAGGUCGCAGGUGUACAUGCACCCCAACCUUUCGCAGGCCAGCCCCAUGGUGUUGUCUGGCGGAGCUCCUCUUAAGGGGCCCUACUCCGCGUUUCCCGGCAUGCAGCACUCAGACAUAGUCAAGCCCACGACAGGCUCACACUAUCAGCCGAUGAAUGGCAGCCAGCAGCUUGUCUAUGACAGCCAGCUAAAUCAGGGGCCCAGCAUGGGUUCCUCCCAGUUGAUGGAUUCUCAGCUCAUCCAGGUGACCAUGCCUUUGCCUGGCUCUCAGCUGCGCUACGGCUCCGCUCAGCAACAUCUCAUCCUCCCUCAGUCCAUCCAGCUGCCGCAAGGCCAGAAUCUGUCAGUCGGUGCUCCACGCCGAAUGAUGCCACCUGGCUCACAGACACCCGUCAUGCCUGGUAGCCGAGAGAGCUCACAGUUGGAAAUGAAGGCUUUCCAAUUCUCGGAAAAGCCCAAUCAUUCACCAAUGUCUGGAGGCUCCUACAGGCCUGGCUCCGCCAGCCCAAGUGGGAAGCCCUCUGGUACUGGCGGCCCAGUUGGACCUUUGCCCACUCAUUAUACACAACAGGUCCCAUCCGCUCAGGGCAGCAUGGUGAUGCACAUGCGACCCCCAACCACCGGCCCCUUCCCCAGCCCCAUCCAGAGACCAGUCAUGCAGGUCAACAAACCUGUCAUCAUCCACUCCCCCCCUUACUCCAAUCCCGGUCGCGACCUCCCUCACCACCCCACCCCUCCCUCGGCCCCCGAGGCCCUUGUCAAAGGGCCCGAGGAUGGCAUGAAGAAUAAAACCCUGCGAGACGUCCGCAAAGUGGUGGGCGAGGGCAAGGCACUGCCCGGGGGGGGCAUGACCAGCAAACUCCAGGAGCCCCUCCCCUCUUCCACAGGGCACGCCAAGCCAGCACGCACUGGAGCCAUCAAACCCCAGGUGGUCAAGGUGGAGGAGAGCAAGGCGUAGUAAAACAGAGGACCUAGACAACAACAAAUAUCUAAAUAUAUAUGUUUAAAAAAAAAAAAAAUCACCACCCAGCCUACAAACACACAACAAAAGCUCCUUGCACAAUGUCUGAGCCUUCUUAAGAGACCACCUAAAGCAGAAGGCAAGGCACCGUUAUGAAUUUAGACCUGGAUACAUCUUUAUUUCACACAGAAUACACACACACACACACACACACACACACACACACACACACACACACACACGCAGAGACAGACAGACAGACACCCUUUUAAGCAGAUCUUCUCAGAUGUCCUCUUUAUUUAUUUCUUUUUCACACCAUUUUGCCAAACUGUAUAAACUCCUGAAUAAUAAUAAUUAUGGACUUGAGCCUUGACAAGCAGGCUUGUUUAGAUUUUUUUUUCUUAACAAUUCAAAUACAGCUGGGCACUUUUUUGUUGGUAAAUGUUCUUGCCACCAGUUUAUUCAAAUUUUAUUAUAGCAGGAACAAAGAACAUCGACUUAACUGCAUGUCAAAGUGGCCUGAGGGGGGCUUUUAUACUCUUGUUGCUUGCUUUUCUCUCCCUGUACAAAAUGGUGGGAUUUGUUUUGUGUUUCCCCCCCCAAAUUUCUUGUACCUCAUCAUCAGCUCUUGAGGGAUGUUUGCUUAUGUCCAUGAACACUUUUUGGUUUAAGGCUCCCACAAUUCCAAUGAUCAUCUUUGUUACUUCUUUCUGGUCUCUGAGGUGGCACUAGCAAUAAAUGCAACAACCAGGGUCCAACUAUCUUAAUAAGACGAGGGAGCAGUUUGCCUUGCUUAAUUCAACAUUUUUUUUCUCGUGUGAGCACACAGUUCCCGUGAACCGAUGAAGGACUUUUAUAGUGUUUUGAAAAUGUGAAAACUGUUGGAAUCAUCUGUUUAUUUUGUUUGUAUUGUAACAGGACACUCGCAACAAAGCUGGUUAAUACAAGUCUGCUUUACUGUAACGCUCCAUGAUACUACUACAAAAAACAUGAUCUUGGGACAGUGUUUCACUGGUAUAAAUAAACACAUAUGUAUAUGCAUACUUCAAUGUACAGUGGAGCCUUGCCGGUGAAAGGGGAGGGCUUUCAUUUUUACAUAUUGUGGCACUAUUAAGGAUUUAAAGUCACUAUGUUCUCUGAAUGGACUUGCUUUCACCCGUUAAGACUUUUUGGGAGUGCCCCCUUCACCCUUUCCUGCAAAAAAACACCAUCUUGAUGCUUUGUCAUCUACACCAAAAUGUUGCCCUAAUUCUUUUUUGUACUUUUAAGAUGCAUAAUAUUUAAUUUGUCAAAAAAAAAAAACAACCCCAAAAAGGACCAGUGCUUUCUACGGCUGAUCACAGCAUUCUAUUUAUCCUAAGCUGAUGAUAAACCUUUUGGUCAUUGCUUCCCUUGUUUAAGAACAAAAAAGAGCUUAUUGAAAGAAAAUAAAGCAGUUGUGAUUUCUUAAA